AGCAUUCCAUUAUCUCUUCUCACACAUCUUUUUUUAUUUUUUAAUUCCACAGCAAGCAAUACGAUUUGUCAAUCUUUCCAUUUUGCAUUUACAUAACAUGUUUGGAUCUUCCCAUUUUCAUGAUUUAGUGCAUGAUUGGGUGUAUAGUAAUAUAUAUAUAUAGUAACCAUAGUAACCUAAUUCAUCUGUGUAUGUAUAAGUGUGUAUAAAAUCAUAGCACGCGCACGAGCUAUUCAUAAGCAGUUAUAGACAGUAUGAGGCAGUAUGAUAUAACAGCAUGACAUAGUGGGUUGUGAUCAAAAUACACUAAUUAAUUCGUAUUUAUUGUUUCGUUAUUUCUAAAUGGACGCCACCAAGAAAAUUAAUAAUCCAAAUCCACGAGCAUCCGCAAAUCCAAUCAGUAAAUUGUUCUUCUGGUGGUUGGUGAAAUUAUUCUGGUAUGGAAAGGAUCAUGACUUGGAGAUGAAAAAUUUAUACAAUACACUGCCUGCUGAUGUGAGUGAACUUCUGGGAAAUAGACUAGAACAACAUUGGAAAAAUGAAAUAUGUACAGCUGAGAAGAAUGGUAGAAAUCCUAAAUUUUUCACAGCUUUAAGGCAAACAUUUAUCUGGUCAUUUCUCUAUUAUGGAGGAUGGAUUUUAUUUAUGACCACUAUUUUAAGAGUCCUGCAACCAUAUUUAUUGGGUCUGCUUAUUUGGCAUUUUGAUCCAAGAGCAAUAUCCACCCAAGAAGAAGCAUAUUUCUAUGCAACUGGUAUAAUAAUUGUAGGAAUAAUGACAAUGUUAAUCAACCACCAUUCAUAUGUAGGUUUAACAGAGAUUGGAAUGCGAGUAAGAAUAGCAAGUUCUUCUCUUAUGUACAGAAAGAUAUUGCGCUUAUCAAAAUCAUCUACGACUACUCCAGGACAGAUUAUUAAUCUUUUAUCAAAUGAUAUGUCUAAAUUUGAUCAGCUAUUUACAUUUUUACAUUACAUUUGGAUAAUGCCUAUACAAGGUGCAAUAAUUGCAUAUUUAAUAUGGCAAAACGUCGGCAUUGCUUCAUUGACCGGUAUAUUUCUGAUAACAAUUCAAACUAUUCCACUUCAAGGAUAUAUAAGUAAAUGGACUUCAAAAUUGCGUUUGAAAACUGCAAUGAGAACUGAUGAGAGAAUUCGUUUGAUGUCCGAAAUAAUCAGUGGUAUACAAGUUAUCAAAAUGUACACUUGGGAAAAACCAUUUCAGGAACUAGUUAAUUGCAUAAGAAAAUAUGAAAUCGAUGUUCUUACAUUAAUGUCAUACUUAAGAGGUUUCACUUUGGCCACGUUUGUCUUCACGGAAAGAACAACAUUAUAUUUUACUAUCAUGACUUAUGUACUAUUUGGAUAUUCAAUAUCAGCAGAUAAAGUUUUCUCAAUGGCACAGUACUUUAACAUUCUUCAGUUAACUAUGGCAAUAUUUUAUCCUCUAGCUGUUGCAUCUGUUGCCGAAACAGCUGUAUCUAUAAAGAGAAUUGAAAACUUUCUCUUAUUAAAUGAAAACAUUUCAUUGGUACAAUCAUUGCCAGUUACUAAUGAAAUAAGUAUCUUAAUGAAAAACGUUAAUGCUUCGUGGACAACCACUGGAAUAAUGAAUACAUUACAUAAUAUUAACAUUGAAAUUGGAACUGGAAAACUUUAUGUUAUUGUUGGUUCUACAGGUUCAGGAAAGAGUUCUUUCUUGCAAGCCAUUUUAGGCGAACUGGAACCAUCGCAUGGGCAGAUAUAUAUAAAUGGCAAAAUAUCAUAUGCUAGUCAAGAACCUUGGCUGUUUGCAGACACAAUACGAAAUAAUAUUUUAUUUGAUCAACCCUACAAUAAAGAUAAAUAUCAAAGAGUUGUAAAAGUAUGCGCUCUUGUGAGAGAUUUUGAGCAACUUCUGUACGGUGAUAAGACCUUUGUCGGUGAAAGAGGUACGGCACUUAGUGGUGGUCAACGUGCGAGAAUUAAUUUGGCAAGAGCCGUUUAUAGAGACGCUAAUAUUUAUCUUUUCGACGAUCCUUUAUCAGCUGUCGAUACUAACGUUGGCAGACAUUUGUUUGAUGAAUGCAUAAAUAUUUACUUACAAAAUAAAACAAGAAUUCUCGUGACUCAUCAAUUACAAUAUUUGAAACAAUGCGACUAUAUUAUUAUUCUAAAUAACGGUCAAAUUGACAAUGAAGGCACAUUUAUGACUCUUCAAGAAAAAAAGAUAGAUUUUUUAGAAACCUUAUCAAAAGAUCAAGAAGUUAACGAAGAGACGAAAGAAUCAUUAAAAAUUGAUACAAAUCUUACAUCUGAAGUAACACAAAAUAAUAAGGAUAACAAUGAAGAAGUAGAUGAGGUCGAACCUGAAGAAAUCGAAGAGCUUUUGGCCAAAGGAAGUUUAUCAAAAUCACUUUACUGGAAAUAUAUUCGUAGUGGUGCGUCGAUUAUCAUGAUCGUUAUCUUUCUAUUUUGCAUGAUUUUGGGACAAAUUGGAAGCAGUGGUUGUGAAUAUUGGCUCGGCUAUUGGACGAAACAGGAAGAAAUGCGUGUGAAGGCUAUACGGGAAUGGCAGUAUAAUACAAAGAACAAUUUUACAAUUUCAUCUUUUACCCCGAGAUCUAUUAAACAAACAGACAAUAACUCAGAGACGAAUAAUAAAUUCACUGAAGUUUGGAUAACAGAUUAUUUGAAAUAUCAAUCCAGCAAUACUACAUUGCCACAAAACUUUACUUCCAAUAAUAUUGCUAAAAUUAUGGAUAUGGAUUUUUACUUUCUUGACACAAAUACAGCCUUAUGGAUUUAUGGAGGUUUUCUUACCAUUAGUGUUGUAAUGACAACAUGCCGAAAUCUAAUAUUUUAUAAAAUAUGUAUGAAUGCCAGCAAGAAUCUGCAUAACUUCAUGUUCUCGUGUUUACUUAAAGCGCCCAUGUCAUUCUUUGAUAAAAAUCCAUCAGGUCGAAUUUUGAAUCGUUUCUCGAAGGAUAUUGGCGCUGUGGAUGAAAUUUUACCUAGGACUACGAUAGAAGCCAUUCAAAUUUUUGUAGUAAUGAUUGGAAUUCUAAUACAAGUACUUAUUAUUAAUUGGUGGAUUAUAUUCCCUAUAAUUAUUAUGGGAAUUUUGUACAACGAAAUAAGAAAGAUUUACAUUCCAACAGCACAGACUAUAAAACGAUUAGAGGGAAAUGCGAAGAGUCCUGUUUUUUCGCAUGUCAACUCUACAUUGUCAGGUCUGACGACAAUACGUUCUGCUGGUGCUCAGGAAAUAGUUCGUAAACAAUUCGACGAACACCAGGAUUUACACACUAGUACUUACUCGUUAAUUGUCACAACUGGUACGAUGUUUGGUUUUGCGUUAGACAUGGUGACUAUUGGUUUCAUCGCCUUCGUUACAUUUAGUUUUAUCGCGUUGAAUGACGAAAAUACUUUCGCUGGGAAUGUCGGUUUAGCAAUUUCUCAAGUACUCGUUUUAUGCGGUAUGAUGCAAUAUGGGAUACGUCAAACAGCCGAAACUAUUACGCAGAUGACAAGCGUGGAAAGAAUAUUGCAAUUCACCGAGCUCGAAAAGGAGGGUCCAUUUGAAAGUAAUCCCACGGAUAAACCACCGAGUAAUUGGCCCGUCAAGGGAGAGAUUAAAUUCGAUCGUGUUUCUCUUCAAUAUGCCAAAUCAGAACCACCCGUUCUUAAAUCUUUGAGUUUCAUCGUAGAACCGGGCAUGAAAAUUGGAAUAGUAGGUCGUACUGGAGCCGGGAAAUCUUCUCUAAUCUCUACUUUGUUCCACAUGACGAAAUUCGACGGCGAUAUUUACAUCGAUAAAGUUAAUACGAAGAAAAUCGGUCUUCAUGAUUUGAGAAAUAAGAUCUCCAUAAUACCGCAGGAACCAAUGUUAUUUUCCGCUACGCUAAGAGAUAAUCUCGAUCCCUUUCGCAAAUUUCACGACGCCGAUCUGUGGAGUGCCUUGGAAGAAGUACAACUGAAAGACGCAAUAGCCUCCUUAGACCAUGGCAUCGAACACAGCGGCAGUAACUUAAGCGCCGGACAACGACAAUUGAUUUGCCUGGCGCGCGCUAUUUUACAAGAUAAUAGAAUUCUCGUGCUCGACGAAGCCACCGCGAAUGUCGAUCCUACGACGGACGCGCUUAUACAAACUACGAUCCGGAAUAAGUUCAAAGCCUGCACGGUAUUGACAAUAGCACAUAGAUUGAAUACAAUAAUGGAUAGCGAUAAAGUAUUGUUAAUGGAUCAUGGUCAAAUGCUAGAAUUUGAUCAUCCAUACAUUCUAUUACAAAAUGAAAAAAGCCACUUCAGUGCUAUGGUACAAGAAACUGAAAAGUUAAUGACUGAACAACUUAAACAAUGCGCAAAACGGGCUUAUGAGCAACAAUAUGAAUCCACAAAAUUAUAACAACUAAGAAGAUUUCUUUGUGAAGAACAUUUAGAAAAUUUACUUAUCUAGUUUUUGUACUUAGUUUUUUAAUCCAAGAGAUUUUAAAAUUCUUUUAUGUUAAUCUUUUAACAAUAAUAACUUAGUAAAUCCAUUUCUUAAUAUUUAAAUGUUUGUACUUAUUUUUUAUAUGUUUAUACAUAUUUAUGUAGCCUGAAAACGUGAUAUUCUUAAAAAAAAAUGCACUUCACUUUUCUAUCAUCUUUUCUAUAAUCUUGCCUUACAAUAAAAAUUUUAUUAUAUUUUAUGUAACUAAUAUCUUAUCAAAAUAAAGAAGAUUUCAAUGUAUACAUCACUCUCUAAUCUAAAAAUCAUUUACUGCAAAAAUCGAUUUUUUUCUUAAUAUUACUAGUACU